GAGACCUCAGGCAAGGCAUCUCAUAGGAGGCUUUUUCAUAAAACUAGGCUCUGCUGGUAGUAAGGAGGCCACUCUCGAAGCAGGCGUUGAGCUGUGCACAUCUCCCCACCACAGGCACCUUCUCCAUAUAUCCAGCUUUUAUUUCAUUUUUUCCACUUGGCUGAGCCAUCCAGAGCCUUUUCAAUGUAUAAAAUGGAAUAUUCUUACCUCAAUUCCUCUGCCUACGAGUCCUGUAUGGCUGGGAUGGACACUUCGAGCCUGGCUUCAGCUUAUGCUGACUUCAGUUCCUGCAGCCAAGCCAGUGGCUUUCAAUAUAACCCUAUAAGGACCACUUUUGGGGCCACCUCUGGCUGCCCAUCCCUCACUCCAGGAUCCUGCAGUCUCGGCUCUCUUAGGGACCACCAGAGCAGUCCAUACGCAGCAGUUCCUUACAAACUCUUCACCGACCACGGGGGUUUAAACGAGAAGAGGAAACAGAGGCGGAUCAGAACCACGUUCACCAGCGCCCAGCUCAAGGAACUGGAGAGGGUGUUUGCAGAGACUCACUACCCCGAUAUAUACACCCGGGAGGAGCUGGCGCUCAAAAUAGACCUCACCGAGGCGAGAGUGCAGGUCUGGUUCCAGAACCGCCGCGCCAAGUUCCGUAAGCAGGAGCGGGCGGCGGCUGCGGCGGCGGCGGCCGCCAAGAACGGGGCGGCCGGCAAGAAGUCCGACGCCUCCCGCGACGACGAGAGCAAGGAGGCCAAGAGCACCGACCCCGACAGCACCGGCGGCCCCGGCCCCAACCCCAACCCCGCGCCCAGCUGCGGCGGAGGCGGUGGCGGCGGACCCAGCCCCGCCGCCGGGCAGGGGGCGGCGGGGCCCGGCGGGCCGGGCGGGGAGCCGGGCAAGGGAGCGGCGGGGCCCGGCGGGCUGGCGGCGGCGGGGCCGGGGCAGGGCUGGGCGCCAGGGCCCGGGCCCAUCACCUCCAUCCCCGACUCGUUAGGCGGCCCCUUCGCCAGCGUCCUCUCCUCGCUGCAGCGGCCCGGCGGCACCAAAGGCAGCCUCGUCAAGAGCGGCAUGUUCUGAGCGGCGGCGGCGGCGGCGGCGGCCCCUCCCGCUCAUUAGUAUCCGCCGCCCGCCCAUCGUAACGACCAGGGGCCCGGGCUGCGCCGGGCUCCGCGGGGCAGGGACCCCGCGCCCCCACGGGGGGCCGCGCCCGGCUUCCCUCGCCCCCGGCCCGGCGGCGGGGCCGGCCCCGCAGCG